AUGAAGUAUCGUCGGAGAGCUGAAGGAGACCCACGAGAGAGAAACCCACAUCGCCCGUGGGACGGAGGCAGAGAUCGGAGUCCUGGCCGACGGCAACUUUCACCAGAACCAACAUACAGAUCAGAACAUCCAACUUUCGAUCCAGAACGAGAACGAGAUAGAGACAAGGGUGAUUGGAGCAAGCGUCCCAAUCAUAGGAAGGGCCAUCGGAACAAGCACUCCAAGAAGACAUAUCCUGCAAAGUCUUCCUAUUCGCCAUCGCGUUCCUUCCACCCAAAAGAAUCACCGCCUCAUCAAAGACCGAAUUCAUCUAGUCACCGACCUGACCGACAGCGUUAUCUUUCGCCAGACCGUGAGAUAAAAAGAAGGCGCACUAGAAGCCCAUCUCCCGAAGAUAACCAACGAGGUCGCUCCGAGUACAAUCGUUUCAGCGGAAGCCGUGAUCAACUCAGUGUUGAAGAUAGCCGGCAAGGCAACAUUUCGCCAUUUAAAGAACCUAUUAUCUCCUCUCCUCGUCCAAAAUCUCGGUCACAAGCUACAAAGAACGAGCCUUUUGUACACCCUGACAGGAGAAGAGAUUUUAGCCCUGCUCCUGCUCCAAGACACAAUAGACAUCGAGAAUUGCCCAGUCGUUCUCCACACGCAUCGAGCGACCCACGCGUGAACUCGCGCCCUCCCUCUGUUCGCACGCGAGAAUCCUCAAUACUUUCAACCCGAGCACAGGACCGUCCAAAGCCUAGUGACCGGGGACGCUUUGCCACCAAGAAAAGUACGUCGAGAGGUGGACGCGCCUCCAAAACACCUUCGGUCGUCGACGACGCAGAGACUAGAUCGAUGGACGGCCAAUAUCCGACACGUGGGGAUUAUGGGCAUCGGGGUCAACAAAGACCAUUCGUAGACACAAGGCCACAUCAGCAAGGUGCUGGCUCACCUCCUUUUUCAUCAACCUCCAACAGCUCUUAUCAUGGCUCUCCACAGGCGAACUCUCCUCACCACAACCAUCGAGGGGGCUGGGGUCGAGGUCGAGGCCACCAUGGCCAAAGUGCCUCCCCUCCAUAUCGACAAAACAACUAUUCCAAUACUAACAAUAUGAACAACCCUAAUCCCUUCCCUCCCAACCAGCCUCAGCAUCAUGGUGGACAGAAUAACCAGGGCUAUCACCAGUCUCAUCGGGGUGGUCGUGGUCGGGGUGGCCAUUUCAACCAGCAAGGGCCUCCGGAUCGAAGAUUCAGUGGCCCUCAUCGAGGCAGAGCUGGUCAAUACCAGAACCUACAAUGGACGCCUACGGGUCCAGGGCAAACCGGACCUCAAGGCCAGAACUUUCAAAUGAGUUCAGCAAAUUCAAUACAGAUAUCCUCGACCGCCUCCCAUGCCUCACAAGAUGACCGUGAUCAAUUCGACGAAGACAAAGGUCAAAGCCAACCUCCGAAAGACGCACAAGGAGAAGAUCAACGGGAUCCCCAAUUCAACACACCUUCAAAACAGCAAGGCCCAGAGCAACCACCGGCUUCGGCAUCAAAGUUCAGCUUUGCAUUCAAAUCAAAGGCUCCUCCUUCUGGCCCCGCGAAGUCAACUGCAGAUUUCUCAAACAAACCCAGAGGCACGUUCCAACAUCCUGACCAUCGGCCUCCUCAACACCCUAAAAACAAGUUCAAUGAUCGCCGGGAGGAUAGACCUAUUCCAAGAGGCCCUGCGGAUCGCAAAUUCCAGAUGAACGAUCGCUCAAGACACAUGCAAGACCGUUCACAGCUGGCAAAUGACCGACGGCCUGAGAGGUCACGUUCACCCCCUACGAAGAAGUUGAAGAGAGAGAUCAAAUCGAGGCCUAUCAUACCUCCCGAGCUUGCACAGUCCGAAUCGAUAUACUAUCGCAAACCCGGAAAUGAAUCAGUUGUUGGCGCAGGCACAUAUGGAAAAGUUUUCAAGGCGAUCCAUAUCUAUACCCAGGAUAAGGUUGCACUGAAAAAGAUUCGCAUGGAAGGUGAACGUGAUGGUUUUCCCAUAACCGCAGUGCGGGAGAUCAGGCUAUUGCAGCACCUGCGACACAAACAUGUUGUGGCAUUACAAGAAGUCAUGGUGGAAAAGAAUGAAUGUUUUAUGGUGUUUGAGUAUCUAUCUCACGACUUGACUGGUCUCAUCAACCACCCAACAUUUAAGCUCACCUCCUCCCACAAAAAGGACCUCGCCCAACAAAUGUUCGACGGUCUCGAUUAUCUUCAUCAGCGAGGGGUUCUGCAUCGAGAUAUCAAGGCUGCAAACAUCCUUGUCUCGAAUACUGGCCAACUCAAGUAUGCCGACUUUGGUCUCGCACGCUUCUACACAAAAUCGCGUCAACUAGAUUACACCAACCGAGUCAUUACCAUUUGGUAUCGCCCACCUGAACUUUUGCUGGGAGAGACUCAGUAUGGGCCUGAGGUUGACAUAUGGUCUGCCGCCUGCGUGUUUGUCGAGAUGUUCACCAAGAAAGCCGUCUUUCCGGGCGAGGGAGGAGAGCUCAGUCAAUUGGACAAAGUCUACAAUGUGCUUGGGACCCCAACACGCUCCGAGUGGCCCGGAAUUGUUGAUUUGCCUUGGUUUGAAUUGAUGCAACCUGCAGAUAGACGGAAAAGAGUCUUUGAAGCCAUGUUCAAAGAUGUCUUCAGCACCGCAGCCCUCGAAUUGGUACAGUGGAUGUUCAAGUACGACCCGACGAAGCGACCCAGUGCGGAAGAAGUACUGGCGCACGCAUAUUUUGCGUCCGAGGAGCCAAAACCCAUCCAGGCAGUCGAACUGGCAAACGUUCCCGGAGACUGGCACGAAUUCGAGAGUAAAGCGCACCGACGAGAGAACGACAAACGAGAGAAAGAGCGCAAGAAAGAGGAAUAUCUGCGCGAGCGAGAAAAGCGCAAGGCUAGGGAAGCUGGCUUACCAGAGUCUGGCUCGACUAUUCCACCUGAGAAGAGAACGAAGCAGGUUGUCGAUGAUUCAGGAGCUGUCGUGGUUCAAGGCGAGUCUCGGAGAAAAGACAAUGAUGAUGGCAGACUUGCAGCGGGUGGUGGUGCUCCCGGGGAGGAGUCAGAAGGCGAAGGCAGCGCACGCAUGAGCAUGUCGUAA